ACACAUUAGCGAACUUAGUUUUAAGAACUUUUAAAAUCUGAAAACUGUUGAUUAGUGACACGGCUUCCCCACACUAUACCAGGCUUUGACUGGGGUAUUUGCAUACAAAAAAAUAUGGCAAUACUAGCUACGUGUCACACAGUGCUGGUGCUACUUGUCUCUGUGACAGUACUUCCCUGUGCUCACUCACAAACUGACGAGGACACAGCAAACAUGACGACUGUCCCCCAAGAAGCCACGCCUGGUGAUUCUUCAUUCGCCUGCGUCCACGGCAGGUUCGGUCCCAAGUGCAGCAGCAUCUGCAACUGUGUCGACAACUGCAACCAACAGACAGGCGCGUGCAAGAAGUGUUUGCCUGGUUACCUGAACCCUGACCUUGGCUGUGUCACAGCCAGUGUGAAAACAAUCAUCUCUCGCUGUGUUGACUCCGACUGUACGGCGUGUGUUGCCGGUUACCGGAACACCAACAGAUCCUGUACGGAAGAAUGCCCUGUGAUGACCUUCGGGGUCAACUGUAGCGGGGACUGUAUGAAGGUGUGUAAGGAGGACUGUGUAGAACGUGUGUACGGCAAGUGUUGGGACUCGAGGAUUGACGUGUUGCUUGACGCACCAGAAAACAUGAAGAAUCUGCUCUUCUUUCUACUCCCUCCGCCCUUGUGUUUGCUGAUCAUCUACCGACUAUUCGG